ACAACAUGGAGCAGAAAAAGCGGAAGUGCGUUUAAACGCCUGAUUUUUACGUCCAGAGUGUUUUUUAUUUCUUAAAUCCCCGCACGUUUUUUUCCAUCUAACGGAAUAUGAGCGAAUUGCUUGUGACGUGAAGGUUUAUGGCGCUUUAUGACUUUUAGUCCUGGAUGUUAAAUGCGUUUUUUUCACGCAGCUUUCUCUUUCUGCGUCUCUUACAUCUUACUUUGUUCGGCGCGUGCCCGCUACCGUCAUGCGCGCGUGCUUGCUCUGAAACCGGAGGAUAACGGCACGGUCCUCGUGCGGAACACGAGCGGUCAGUGCGUUGUUGGACUUGAUCAGACGAAUCAGGUCGAGUAUUUGGACCUUAAUGCAGGAAGCACUUCUUUUGUAAGUCAGUGGAAUGAGGAAGCCAUUCUCUGCUCUGCGGCCCCUGAGGGCCCCUGGGGACACAGCCUGUACUCGCUGAUUGACCAACUGAGAGAGACGGUGCUUAGGCGAAACUACCGGAGGGAGCCACGACACACACUGCCUCAGAUGGGGUCUGCUGUAAAGUCGUCAGAAUUUGGUGUCCAUUUCCAGAAAUGUGCUCAGGUGGUAACAGGAAGUGAGUUUCCACAGGUUAGUGUUUACCUGGUGGUUAAAAACCUCGAGGGUGAAAGAGACCUAUCACAACUCAGUAUACGUGACACCAUCUCUGACAUCAUCAGUCUGCAGAGCAAUGGGAAAGUGCUGGACAGAGAGUACCAAAGCUUCAACACAGACACACUGCCUGCUGGCUCCAGUUAUGCUGUAUCAUACACAAUGAGUGUAAAAGGUAGCACACAUGAAGAUCUGUUUUUGCCAGCAUUCCUCACCUUCUCCAGCACAUCUCAGAAUGAUAUCAGUUUCUUCAGGCCUGUGGUGGCCAAUUUCACUUUGAGGAUCAACACUACAGAAGAGGUGUGUGUGAAUCACGCCGUACACUUUGCAGGAUUCUGUUUGGGUUUUUUCAUCUCCACAUUGCUGCUGACGUUCACACUCCUCACUGUCAGCUGCUUCUAUAAGAAGUGCUUAAUACGUGUACCUCAGCAUAGGAAGAGGUGGAGCUUCAGUGUAGCGGCCGAGUCAGAGGAAGCUGUUAGUAACACCAGUGACACGGCCAGUGAGGAUGCUGUGUUUGAAGAUAAAAUCAUUGACAUCAUGGCACUGGAGGAUCCACAAGACAUAUCAUCUUCUCUGGACAAUUUAGAGAUGUCCUGUCUGUUGCGAGCUGCCGUGAUGCUGGAGUGUGUGCGUGUACAGAUGCUGAAAGGUGUGUUCAGGGUGUUAACCACCGGAGUGAGCGGGUCCCGUAACGAUGUAAGCGUGGUGGACCUCUUCAGUCAUGUGACCGACAUGCAGGAGGACCAGAAGUCACAACUUAACACACACUCUACAACUGAAUCACACUCUGAUAGACAGAAUCUGGAGCAGCGGCGUUUGGAGGCGUUACAGAGAAGAGAAGCGCUCCAUGCCAUCAUCAGUGAGGAAAUAGAGGAAGCAGCCAUGUAUGGAGGAACACACAUGGCCAAUCAGCUGCUGCGCAGAUACUACAUCUGUCAGGAUCAGCUGGAGUCGGUGCUCGACCUGUUCAUAGCCGAUCAGAGAGCAGCGCUGAGUGAGCAACAGGCACAGCGGCGCUUUCUGCUGCAGGGUUUGCGAGAUCUACGCCGUUCGAUGUGCGACAUGUUCGGCGCUUUCACGCGCCACAUCGACAGCUGGUUCAACCACAUCCGCAGGGAGGGUGUUCUAUCUGAUCAGCACUGUGUGCAGCAGUUGGAGCAUGCUCAGUCGGAGCUCCAGCGUGUCCAAAAGGGUUUUGAGGAAAAGCUGGUUCGAGAGUGUAGCUCGGCUCACUGUGACAUCAUCAAAACCAGACGAGCGCGCAUCUCUGAGACGCUAUGUGAGCAGAAACGUGAGCAGCAGGAUUUGGUGUGUGGGAGUGUGUGUGACGGACCGCUAGAGGACUACCUGAUGCGCUGGCAGACUCUACUCUGUGCUCAUAACACACACCUCUCGGAACUGAUUACUCACCUGGACCAAGAGGCAGCAGCGCACAUACGGCGGGUCCUAGUGUGUGUGUUGCGAGAUACCGUCGCUGAUCUGAAGCACGUGGAGUGUGAAACAAUCGCGUCGCUGCAGGAGGCAGGCGUCCCACGUUGGCUCCUCCUUCAGAUGAGGGCGGGGUUGGUAGUAGGCGGGAUCUUGGCUGACACUGAGGCGGAGCUUGGCGUUCGGAAGAGAGAGGCAGCUAAAAUGCUGCGAACGACACGUGGCAGAAUUCAGACAAUCAGAGAACAGGAGCUGCAGCUGCAGAGAGAGAGGAGAGAGAGAAUGCACACAUACUGCAGGAGUGUGUGGGAGAGUCAGUGCUCUCUGUCAGAGAGUGAUCUGCUGCGUUUGCAGUUGGAGUAUGUGAAGAGUGUGUGUCAUCUGGAUCGGUGCCUGGUGUUGCCCCACGUACAGUCACGAGAGAAGGGGUGCAUCACUCCGAACAAUCAGAGCACAGAACACACUCCAGAUCACGCCUGUGGUGACUCCUGCCCGAUCUUCACACAUGCACAAGUUUGUGCAUGCAGCAAUGAUAUGUGUGUGUGCGAGGACGAGAUGAGGACGUGCGAGGACAGAAUGUCAAUGCAGGUCGCGGCUGUGCAGUGGGACAAAGUGGAGAGGAGGAACCGAGUUCUGGAAACACACUCCGCUCUGCUGACACUACAAACAUUACUGAUGCAGAUAGUCCGGCAUGCACCUGUGGGGGAAGAGCUGGCACACGCCAUACACACACACAGCCUGGCAUUAGAGGAGGCGGAGCUACUACUGCAGAAGGAGCAGUCUGAAUGGGAGAGGUCCAUGGAUGGUCAGAAUAAACUCUUGACUCCUGAUGAGGAAGAAUUGUUCCAAGUAAACACAGAGUGCACCAUCACUGAGUGCCUGCGGGAGGCGCUUUGCAAGAGAGAGCAGCUCACACACAGCCUCGCUGAGAGACUGACGAUGGAGGUCAGGAGGCAACAGGUGAUGGAGGAUCUGAGGGAACAGCAGGAGCUGAAAAGGUUUUACACACAUUUUGACCAGGAUCUCCUCCUUGUUGCCUUACUUGUCAAACUCAGUGGUGUUCCGGAACCAGUUCUCCAGCAACUCUUGUGCCUCCUGUUGCCUACACAGCCUGAAGGAGAACUACAAUCACUGAUACAAACACUCGCACCUAAAGAAGGACAGCUAUUAGGACCCUGCUGCCAUCUGGUGGACAGACUGAGGAAUGACAUAAUCAACAAGCACAUGGCAGCUGGAUCUCGCCCACACACUGACAGAAUGUUGAAGAAGAAGCAGAAGCUAGUGGAGAAACUCUUCUCCAGAUCUCAGGCAGACCAAUUAGGACACGACCCGCUGGCAGCAAGCAGCCUGCCCAACUCCGAGGUCGCUACGCAAAAGGAAGAAGCAUCUCCGGUGGUGCUAGAGAACACACCGGAUAGGGUGGAGUGUACAAGCCAUGCUGGUGAAGUGGAAGCGGACGCUGUAGGUGAUGUGGUGGAAGAAAAACUGUUUACUGUCCACAAUGCGCAUCCACAACAGGCUGCGGAUUCAUCACACAUGUCACACAGUCACAAGAAAAGAAGGAAGUUUAAGUUUAAAAAGGGAGCAGUGGCUCCUGAAGAGCAGACAUGAUGAAAUAGAUCAAAAAUGGCGAUUAUGGAGAACUAAAAGGUCAGUUAGGGAGACAAACGUAGGGAGGGGAAGGGAGAGAGGCAGCAAUCCUCCCGCUGCUCCGUCUCCUGUCUCUCAUAUACAGAUUGUUGAUUAGGUUGAAUUAUACAAGGGGGAAAAAAACAACUAAGACGGAUCAUUAAAAUUUUCAUUUUUCCAAAAUUUUUCCCCCCUUUUCCACAUAACAGACGUUUACAUUCUCCACAAGACACAUUAAUAACCGGAUUUACACAAAUGAACCAGUUUAAAUAUUUACACAUGCAGGAUUAUUAACACCCGGAUGAUCAGAGACUCGUUUUAUGGUUUGUGACGUCGUUCUUGAGCCCCUGGUUUGUCCUGAGCAGUUAAACUACUUUUCUUCAGGGAAAAAAUAAAUCCUCCAGCUCCUGCACAUUAUCUGUUUUCUUACUUUCCAACACGUAUGAUUUUGAGAUCCAUCUUUUUCCCCAUUCAAGACACCUGAGGGAACUUGUACACCGCUAAACAUUCACUGAUGCUCAAGAAAUAAACACAUUAAGAUCCGAAGGGGGGGGUAAACUUUUGUACAGGAUGAGAGAUAUAAAAUCAUUGUUAUUUUGUCUUCUGGGAAACAUGUACUGUAUCUUAGUAAAUAGGUUUUGGAGCAUUAAUAAUCAAGCGUGUGUAAACAUUUAAUCCGGUUUGUUUGUAAAUUCGGUUAUUAUCAUUUUGUGGAUUCUGUGUAAGCAUCUGUUAUGUGAAAUACUUUUAUUUAAGGCGGAAAAAUAAGUUUUAAUCCCUUUAUUUUCAUGCUAAUGUUAUGAGCUCAACUCUAAAUAAAAUGUAAAUGUUUAGCUAAAUGA